CACAAACCCGAUUUCAGUAAAGGAAAGUAAGAUUCCUGCAUUCAAAAUAACGACUUAUCCUUUUAGUUGAAUUGGCGCUAUGGUCGGUGCAAAAUGAAAAUUCAUCCAUUGACAAAGUUUGCUUUAAGACGCAUAAAUGGGCUCCUUCUGUCUCCCCUGCCACCCUUUGCGCAUUUAAAUGAAGAUAUCUUUAUCGAAAACAGGACCUGGCUAGGAACAGAAUGGACAGGUCGACAGGUAAAGAUGCAGGAUCCUGUCUCGCGCGCCAUCAUGCAUUCACAGUUCGAUCAUUGGCUCAAGUUUGCACGUAUUGCCGUAACCACUGUCUCGUUGUCUUCCUACGCGGGAAAGGAACCAACUUUUCAUUCGUCGUGUAUCGCAGCUGUUCACCAAUCGCAACAACGUGGGCGAAGGCGACCUCACACUCAACGAAAACUUUAUAUUUUCGAAAGCGAUAUCUGACACAUUUAAUGAAGUGGGUCUGAAAGAAACGACAGGCUUAAACGGUUUCGAGUCGCCUCAACGAUGAAAGCAACACUCAUGGGAAUGAAGAACUCAUCGAAGAACUAUCUCGUGGACUAGAUGCCGUCGGCGAAUCUUGUUACAGCGAAUGCCGCGGGAUAUGCAAUCGAGAGAUAUGCUUCUCUCGAUCCACUUAAAAUUUUUUGGACUCCGUUACUCUGGUUUUCUUGCGCUACUUGCAUCUAAAGGAUGCUCGCAUUACAGCACAUUCGUAUCGCGCAUAGGGCACACUUACUUCUAAGAAUUUCCACUCGCUAAAGUAGAUCGUCGUAAUAAGAAACCAGUAACUUCGACUGUGACACAUAUUUUAUCUCGUAAAUAUAUUUAUUUAAUGA